AUGAUAGUCGAACUAAUCGCGUUCAUCAGCCUGUGCGCCCAUGCAGGGAGAGCGCUGCGCGUGACCCAGCCCUACCGGGCGGUAGCGGUCGACGGAGAGGUGAGGCUCCGCUGCUCCUUCCGAGUGCGGCACACGGCGGAGGAGAUGCGUGUGGCGCUGAUCCGGGGGCUGCACGGGGAGCAGCAGGUGUGCGCCUCCUCCUUCAACCUCACUCAGUCCUACCACCAGACGGAGGGAGCCGUCCAGUGCAGGGGAGAGCUGAGCCCGGGCGGGGUGGACCUUGUCGUCUGGGGCCUGACGCUGGAGGACACAGACCUGUACCGCUGCAGGGUGGAGCUCCUGUACCCCCCGCCCUACAUGGCGAACUUCGGGAAUGGCACCCUCCUCUUCAUCCCAGGUCCCACAGCGAAGGAAGACUGCCCGUCUCCUGCGGCACAAACAGACACCGUGGUUGACUCAGACAGCGCUACUGUCAUCUUACCUGUAGCGGCGCUGGUUUUCUUCAUCCUCAUCCUCAUCAUCAUCAUACUCACUUACAAGAUGAUCACCAUGGACUACAGGAAGAGGAUGUAUGCAAGCAUGGCGCCAGUGAUCUCGAAACGAGUGGACUGUCGAUUUGGCUAUGAGAAUUUCCUGUGAAGUUGACUCUUUCAGAAACUGAAACGUUGACGAGCAUUACAAAAAAGAACUGCAAAUUUUCAACUUUGUCAUUAAUUAACAUUAUAUGUUACAUAUAAAGUGUUUUAA